AUGCAAGUGGUCACGGCCGUACAGUGCAGUGGUCACGGCCGUACAGUGCAGUGGUCACGGGCCGUACAUGCAAGUGGUCACGGCCGCAUGUACCCAACUUCACAUGUUGGAUCUUCGCCGGCGGCCAUUAACUUUGGUGUGACCUUGGUUGGUACGUUUGUUUUUGGUAUAUUGUCUGAGGAACACCCCGUGUAUGGUUCCGUGUCUUCUCUGUCAUGGUUGGAACAUAAAACUUGGUUGGUACGUUUGUUUUUGGAGUCUCGUGUGCAUGCAUAA